AUGGCAAUCCUCGAGGCAGGACUCCUCCAGACAGCAGGUCUCUCACCGAGUCCUGCCAGUCAAGACGUCGAAGGCUCGAAAGAUGACCUAUGGCAGCACCAGCAAGAAGCAGAGGACCGCGUCAGUGGAGGGGAGAAAGGGCACGGAUGGGUAACAAGAAGCUGGGAUGAAUCGCUAGGGAGAGAAUCGUUGACAAACGCGCGAAACUUUCCGAGGCUCUCCAAGUUGUCUGGCAGCAACACUCAGAGUCUUCUCAAACUCUCUGCGUUCAAGGAAAGUCUGAAGAUCACAGAAGGGAUGAUCAACGGCAAAGAAGAAUCUCUAACGUUGAGCAAGACCCAAACGAUUCCUCGCUUUGUGAAGCUGGAGAAGUGGACGAAGAAAGUGUCUAAGAGUUUAGGUUUUCAAUGUGACGUUCAGCAAAUGGAGGAGAAGAUGAAAAGCUUUGGGCGACUCAUUGUAGACGAGCUUGCAAAAGCUCACGCACGAGUCAGCUUGAUGAUCAGGAUGCAAGCUUUAAAGGACCAGAUGAAAGAGAGGAACAAGGAGAAAAUCGCUUCCUUUCGCAGCUCAUGGCCAUCAAGCACGGCACAAGUCGACGAUGUGAUGGUGGCGGAAGAGGAAGACGAAGUCCAAAGGGUGCUCGGGGCACUGGAGAAUGAACCUCCUGCUGACUUCGAGUCCUUGCCUGAGCAAGCGCUGAGGGAGGCAGACGUGCUGCUCCUCGACUCUGCUGGGAACCACGUGGAGGUAACCAGGGUCGCCGUUGAUUUGCUCUUUGAGCUUGCGGGCAUGCUGCAAAGUAAGAUUGGACAGCCCAUCCUCGACCUGGCAAAGAUCCUCCGCAAGUCGAUCUAUUCCUCUUCUUUCACCAUCAAGAAUCACCCUGACGAGCUCUCUGCCCCGAUCUCCUCGCCCAUCGUGGAUGACCCCUUCUCUUCCUCCCACAGCAAGCAGGACAGGGCGCUGUUUGAGGAGAUAGCCUACUUUGAUCUGAUGAAGAGGAAGGAAAUCUGGACCGCCAGCCUGCCGGGAGAGAUAGAGAGGCUCUCCGACGAGCUUAACCAGCUCGUUACAGAGCUUAGGGCUCUGAAAGACAGCUGCGCCGAGUUAGAGAAGAAGGUUCAGCAUCCUUCGGACGAGGUCAAGAGAGUGUACAAAGAGAACGAGCAGCUGUUGAAGGACAACCAGCGAUGGUUCGAGAAGUUCAAGGAAGCGACCAGCGCACACCUCGAAGCUGUCGCCAUCAUACAGCGAGUUUCACAGCAGCGCGACAUUCUUGUCGCAGAGAACGAUGUCCUCACGGCCAAGAUCUCCGAGCUCGACCCUCGCCACACUGCCAUCGAUUCUCGACUCAAGGCGGCCAUGGCGACGGGGUCAGACAUCGCGCUCUACCCCAACAAGCACUUGGACCAGCAGGCAGAGAUAUCAAGGCUGCCAUCGGACCCGCCGGAGGACGAGGAAGAUUGGAUUGACUCGAGCGCAGUUCAGGUCUCCCGUGUCAAACUUCCCAUGCUCAAGCACAACCAGUCGAUAGUCGGUCGGCUCAAGAUGAACCUGACGAGUCUCGCGGAGGCUAUCGGGGAGGAAGCCUAUGAUUGA